GAUAUCCCUGUCUCUGUGCGAGUUUGUGUAUGUCCUCGUCUGUCUCUGGUUUAUUUCGUUUUAUUUUUUUUUUAUUUUUUACUGGCACGUACUGCUGACCCUUGGGGUCCUUCCGGAAGGCUACCCCCCAGGCUGGUGGUGCGCACGUUCCACUAUUUAUUUAUUUAAUUGUUUCUGAUUCUUUUGUUUUCUUGUAUUUUAUCGCUCUGCUAUCCCUUGGAGUCCAUUUUAUUUUGGUAUACCUUUUCUAGGUGUGUCCCUCCCGAUCCAACAGCGACAGACCACCAGCCGUGCGUACCACCAACUUCGACCUUGACGCAUUGCACAUCGAAUGCCCGCCAUCUAUGUGGCACUCAUCAACGGUGCGCUGACGUCACAUCAACUGCUGGAGGUUCACGGGUCGCCUCGGGGUGACGGCAGAAGGAAAGAUAAGGAACUGGGAUCGCCCCGGGAACACACACGCGCCACUGCCACGUUCUUCUUUACGGCAAUAAACACACACCCGUUGCCGGGCUGGGAACGGUGUCUGUCGGUGUCUACAGCAGUACAUCUUGUCACUGCUCCUGUUGUCUUCUUUCAAAGAGACGGAAUGAAGCUCGCUGGGAGCUACUGCUUCCUGUUGGCUCUUUGCGUCUUCCUUGCCGACCACCUCGCUUUCGCCCAACCUACUGGUGGCCGGGCACCAUCAGCACUUCGAUAUGGCCUAGCAAGAUUCGCUGAGGAGGACGUCAAGGACACGGGCGUCGGACAUUUGCAUGCGAUCCCUGAAGACGAACAUCAAGUUGAAGAAGGGCUGGUUGAGGUGCUCGAGACUGAUGAAUUGACCGCUGUUAUGGGAGACAUCGAGCUUGGUGAUUUACUAUGUGACAGCCUUGAGGAUGCUACGGACUCUAGCCUGCUGCGAUUCACGAUCAGCUCUACGGAGACGGUGAUAGCUGAGCGCACCUCCUACUCGUCCAUCGACGGCAACGUUCUGCCGGACGGAAACGCGCGCAAGACCUGGCUGGGAGAAGUCGUCGACCCCGAACCCUCCACCAAUUCCAUCCCCAGGACUGUCAGUAUGACGUGGACCGACCCAUGCGACAUUGAGACUUUCCUCCUGAAGCUCGUGUCACGAAACUCAGACGGCAGCACCUCUAUAGCCACAUCCGUACCGUGCUCCGCUGGAUCCAGCAGCGAAAUUUGCAUGGUGGAGCUCCAAAAGUUCUUCUACGACGAAAGCGACGCUGUGGACACUUCACAAUCCUCUUCAUCAAGCUCCACUUCCAAGUACCAGGGCUCUCGGAUGCUAAAGGAACGACGUGUGUCGACGACCUUUAUGGAGGAGGGGUCGCGUUGGUCGCAAGGCAUACCAAGCGACCGCAGCCUGCAAGGCACAACAGUGAUUGACGUCCUGAUCUUCUAUUCCCCGGAGGCCGCCUCCUCAGAGGGCAUCUCUGACGCGCAGCUGUUGACCAGGAUUGUCGAAGGCAUGGUGACCUUGAACCAGGCCAUCACAAACUCAGCAAUCGCGGAUUUAGAAUAUCGUCUCGUCCACGUGGCCGAGCUACCGUACAGCCAGAUGACGUACGACCCCAUCGACAGCGACGACAUCGACCUCGAGCCGGAGCUUGAUGCGUUGGCUGCGAACAGCGCCGUGAAUGAUCUACGCAACGAAUACCAAGGGGACCUGGUGCAGCUCGUUGGGUACUUCCCGGGAACGUGCGGACUAGGGUAUAUUUUCAACGGUAACGCCGAGUUCGGCUUCUCCCUCGUGGGCUCAAACUGCUUCGACAAUUUCUCACACACCCACGAGAUAGCUCACAACAUGGGGUGCUACCACGACAGAGACAACUCCGAAACGCAGGAUGAAUACCGCCACGGUUACCGGUACUGCACGGGCUCCGAUCCCUACCGCACCAUCAUGUCGUACUACCAAAACGGUUGCGGUGGAGACCCGACGCCCGAGGCAGACCCCAUCGUGCCACAGGUAAACUACUUCUCCAAUCCGGAAGUGACCUACCUCAACAAGCCCACGGGCACCGCAACCGCAGACAACGCUCGGUGCAUCGAGGAGAGCAUGGUGGCUGUGUCCAACUUCAGAGCAGAUGGCGACUUCAUCUGCUCCGAUGAUGGGGAUGCGUGUGCCGUAGAUAUUGACUGCUGCGUUGGCUUUUGCGGUUCUGCCGGGAUUUGCGCAACCGAAGAAUGCGCAGGAUUGGGCGGAGACACGGCCACCAUCGAAGAUAUGGUCUGCGACCCCGAGAACAACGUCGAGGAAUGCCAGUACGACGGGGGCGACUGCUGCGAAUGUGACUGCUCGAACCAGGUGUGCGACGAAGACAACACCUGCGUUACCCCGGCGUGGGACUGCGUAGUGGACCAAACAUCAUCCCCCUUAGGAAUUUACACUGGCUCGGGGGCAUCCGCCUUUUGUCCGGAUUUAUCGGCCGAUGAUUUCGACAAUUGUGACUACAACACUCAACGAUGCCUGUGCACCUGUCGAGAGAGUGACCCUUUCACAGCGCUCUGCGGUUCCGGAACAGGCUUCGAUUGCCUCGACUCGGCCUCGGACUGCGUCGAGGAGCCAACAGCGUGCGAGGACGACAGCGACUGCACCCUUCCCGAGGAAUGCUGCCUAUUGAAGCUGGUGUGCGAGGUAGCUGACCCCACGGAUCCUACGGCUUGCGGUGACCCCCACAUGACCGGCUUCCACGGCCAGAAGUUCGACUUCACGGGCAACGACGGUCAGUGGUACUGCCUUAUCUCAGACCUGCCGUCCAUGCACCUUAACAUGCGUGUGACGUCGCCCGUCUCUUCCCGGCCGGACAUCACGUACAUCACCGGGCUCUCCCUCAUCACCACCGAUGGAGAUGGCCAAGAACACAGCAUCAUCAUUUCCGUCAAGGACCCAUACAGCCUGGAUAGCGACUGCUCGCCCGGAGUGUCCCCCUGCCUUGCGGAUGGCUCGUUGAUCGUGGUGCUCGAUGGAAACGAGACCCUGCUUGCCCCCGGUGCGGUUGAGCUUGCUUCAGACGUAAUGGUCUCCGCUGUCAACAUUCCCGGUGCCUGCCGAUCGUUCGGGUUCGAAAAGUACUGGGAGCGGAAGAAGCUCGAGUACGCGCAGGCUGGCGGCCGCAGGCUGUCCGUACAGCAGUCGAUGGGUGAAUGGAUACUGGGGGACCCCACCGCGACCAACAUGGCGGAGUGCACGGAGUAUGUGGCCCGUCACAUAGCGGGGGGCGAGGACGGUGACUUGUUCACCCACCAAUCCGAGCACGCGUCUUUCCAGAUCGUCACACCAGCGGCCAUUAUCCGACUUAGCCACGGACGACUCCACCAGAUCGCGCAGUUCGGCCUACCGGACCAUAUGACUUGGCAGAUGAAUCUGGCUGUCGAUCACAACGACGUGAGCCUGAACGCCAAGGGGGUCCUGGGAGAGACGAUGGUUCCCACCCGUACGGUUAGCGGGGAGUAUAUCAUGCAUGGCAUGGAGGCCAUUCGCGGAACCCAGGAAGAUUACCACGUUGAGGGACCCUUGGGCCUUGACUUCACUCUGAGCUAGAGUACCUGGAGCCCGCUUCAACGCCUUCAUCUUCAGAGCGGAAAUUCCCAUGUGCUCCACGGUCAACACGUAAACAACGUUGGGGGGGCCGGGGGCCUUGACUUGAAUCCGAGGUGGAUUGCCGAGAGAGCCCACAUGGACCACCGACAUGACGAGAUCGGCAUGUCUUUCCUGCAGUUUCGCAUCAACAGCAGGCAUGCAGACCACCAAAAUCGUCGUGUGACACCAUUGAUUGAUUUCAAAAAGUUCAUGUUGGAUGGAUGCAGAGCCCAUCGGCGUGCAUACAAGAACCAGUCAGACAUUCUUUGCCAAGUUAGUUCCGCUCUCUAGUCUAUGGCCACCAGUGGGUUGGUGGGUGGGAUGUGCGACAUCUGUACAGUCUCAACCGAAGGUAUGUUGAAUUCCUGAAAGAGGAACAGGCUGUUUUUGCGUUGGGCUUUCCCACGACCGUCUCACAUUCUCGCUGUCGACUAUUUAGGGCUGGUGCUCGGCCGAGGUCAGAGAUGGUUUAGUGGUAGACGCAGAGGAAGUUAGAUAAUUAGGGAACAUAAGCAUUUCUCCAUUGACUUGGUUCCUCUAAGGUCGAGGUAAUACUUUCGGUUGUUGCCAGAGUCAUGGGUUCUGUGUCCCCAAAGUAAACAGUUUGGACUUGGCCCAAUCGUUCGCUGUUGACAUCGGUGCCGUGCGGUACUGCACAAACGCGGUUAGAACAUCAGAGAUCAGACUAGACAGUAAUAAACUGUCAUGGCCAUAGAGUUUUCAUUUGAUCUUUCUCGGGCUUGAGGGAUGUAAUAUAUACAUGUACUGUAGUUGAUUGUUGAUAGGCUUCGACAAUAAAUAGGCUUCGCGUUAGGUUGACGAGGGAUAAAACUCAUGGCUGUCAACCACCAUCAAGUGGUUGUGGUAACAUAGUAGAGCGGAACUCAGGUGGAGCGCGCCGUUGCCUCGAUUUCAUUCAGUCAGUAUCAGGAGCGAGGCGACGUUUUAUCAGCGCCGAAAGAUUAAGAUUAGUAUUGCCGAACGGUUACGGAUUGUUAAGGAUAACAUAGGAUGGUUUCACCAAGCGAGGUAAUUUGGCAACCUGGCAGGUAUCUACAGAUCGAUGACUUUUCUCGAGAAGAGUAAGUGGGAAAGUUUCGUAGCGGGUGACCGUGGAUCUUGUAUGACGGUAGUACGUAUCGAUAAUCGCAAGUAUAUUAUAUGAGUCGCGGACUACGUAUCGAGAAGGCUCGUAUUUGUGGCUACAGGGCACAGGAAGUGGGCGCGAGCAGUUUAACGUUGGUUCAGCGUUUCUUCGAAUAGGGCCAGGACCAUGUUUCUAUUUUUGUUGCCCUAGUCUAUGCUCUUCCUGUUGGAUAUUUCCAUCGCAUCGUACAUACAACUCUUGGUAAACAGCGAUACGUACAAUGUUGCUCUCACCUUCGUAUGAAGACACGCAGUAGUAGUGCAGGUGCACAUUCUGUGUUUGAUAUACUGCUGAACAAGCAGAGUAUCUUUUUGAGGAUAAGUGUGCUCGGUUAUCCGAUUAUUUUUUGUGUAGUCCCUCCACCGGUGGAGCAAAUAGCAUUGCCGAUUAAGUUUUUAACAUUUCCUACAAAAGUUUCCUUCUGGCGAGCAUUGACUUUGUUCUUGAGAUACUUAUGCGGGCUAAUUCAGAAAUGAGCAUUUGAUUGGUCAGCCGUAAGGUGAGAAUGUUUUGUGUACGCAGGAGACGACGUCAGCCGGUUCUUUGCCCAAAAGGGGUCAUGUUGUCUGAUUAGUUGACAUUGGGAUAUAAGUUCAAGCGUAUUUCCGUCGGUAUGUUUUUGGUUGAAUGAUGCACCCCCCGCGGAGUCCCCAUCCUCUCACGUCGUUUUUCUUCCGGUCUCUCCGAAAAAAAUAAUUACAUUUCUUCA